UAUUUAAUGCAACGAACUAAUAUUUGUUUUCAGAUAAAUCGCAGAGUACUGAACAAUCUCUUCAAAAAGGAAAAAAAAGUGAUAGUAGCCCAACCUAGACCAUCUCCAUCUUCUUCAAAUUUCCCAAAACAGAGCAACAACCAUUGUAUCAUCAAUUGAUCAACACACCAAAAGAGAGAGGAUGUACAAGUCGAAGCUGCAGGAGCUGUGCCAGCAGAGGAAAUGGCGCUUGCCCGAGUACAACGCCAAAAAGCUUGGGAUCGACCACAACCCUCGCUUCUCAGCCUCCGUCACCAUAAACGGCGUCGCCUUCGACACAGUACAACUCUUCAGGUCCUCCAAGGAAGCCCAAAACGACGCCGCUAGACUUGCCUUCGCUCACUUCUCUGAUCCGCAACCCAGACAUACCAAUCGCAGUCCCAGCACUUCCUCAUUCCCUCAACCUUCUCUUCCCGCUUCCUCAGCACUUCCUUCAACAGCGGGCACCAAUUUGACUGAUACACAUGACACAAAACAGACAUUGCAACCAGAGAUUCAAGAAACACAUGAAACUUCUUACGUGCCAGUUCAGUUCAGUGGUAUAGCAUCAGGUGGCAAUUUUCAGGCAAAUGGCAGCACAUUGGGUAUUGAAGAUGGUAAUCGAUUGAGAGCACUUCCUUCAACAACGGGGGCCAAUUUGCCUGAUACACAUGUCACAAAGCAAACAUUGCAACCAGAGAUUCAAGAAGCACAUGAAAUUUCUUACAUGCCAGUUCAGUUCAGUGGUAUAGCAUCAGGUGGCAAUUCUCAGGCGAAUGGCAGCACAUUGGGUAUUGAAGAUGGUAAUCGAUUGAGAGCACUUCCUUCAACAGCGGCCACCAAUUUGACUGGUACACAUGACACAAAACAGACAUUGCAACCAAAGAUUCAAGAAACACAUGAAACUUCUUACGUGCCAGUUCAGUUUAGUGGUAUAGCAUCAUGUGGCAAUUCUCAGGCGAAUGGCAGCACAUUGGAUAUUGAAGAUGGUAAUCGAUUGAGAGCACUUCCUUCAACAACGGGUGCCAAUUUGCCUGAUACACAUGACACACAACAGACAUUGCAACCAGAGGUUCAAGAAACACAUGAAACUUCUUACGUGCCAGUUCAGUUCAGUAGUAUAGCAUCAGGUGGCAAUUUUCAGGCAAAUGGCAGCACAUUGGGUAUUGAAGAUGGUAAUCGAUUGAGAGCGCUUCCUUCAACAACGGGCGCCAAUUUGCCUGAUACACAUAACACAAAACAGACAUUGCAACCAAAGAUUCAAGAAGCACAUGAAACUUCUUACAUGCCAGUUCAGUUCAGUGGUAUAGCAUCAGGUGGCAAUUCUCAGGCGAAUGGCAGCACAUUGGGUAUUGAAGAUGGUAAUCGAUUGAGAGCACUUCCUUCAACAGCGGGCACCAAUUUGACUGGUACACAUGACACAAAACAGACAUUGCAACCAAAGACUCAAGAAACACAUGAAACUUCUUACGUGCCAGUUCAGUUCAGUGGUAUAGCAUCAUGUGGCAAUUCUCAGGCGAAUGGCAGCACAUUGGGUAUUGAAGAUGGUAAUCGAUUGAGAGCACUUCCUUCAACAACGGGUGCCAAUUUGCCUGAUACACAUGACACACAACAGACUUUGCAACCAGAGAUUCAAGAAACACAUGAAACUUCUUAUGUGCCAGUUCAGUUCAGUGGUAUAGCAUCAGGUGGCAAUUCUCAGGCGAAUGGCAGCACGUUGGGUAUUGAAGAUGGUAAUCAAUUGAGAGCACUUCCUUCAACAGCGGGCACCAAUUUGACUGGUACACAUGACACAAAACAGACAUUGCAACCAAAGAUUCAAGAAACACAUUACGUGCCAGUUCAGUUCAGUGGUAUAGCAUCAAGUGGCAAUUCUCAGGCGAAUGGCAGCACAUUGGGUAUUGAAGAUGUUAAUCGAUUGAGAGCACUUCCUUCAACAGCGGGCACCAAUUUGACUGGUACACAUUACACAGAACAGACAUUGCAACCAAAGAAUCAAGAAACACAUGAAACUUCUUUCGUGCCAGUUCAGUUCAGUGGUAUAGCAUCAUGUGGCAAAUCUCAGGCGAAUGGCAGCACAUUGGUUAUUGAAGAUGGUAAUCGAUUGAGAGAUAUACAGCAUUUGUACAAGAGCCAACUGCAGACUUACGCACAAAAGAGAAAUCUUCUUCUACCUAUGUACACUUGUGAGUGGGAAGGUCCGCCUCAUGCCAGUCGUUUCAAGUGUAGGGUAACUGUUGAUGAACAUACCUAUGAGGGUCAAGAGUUUCUUCCUACAAUGAAGGAAGCUGAACAUGCAGUUGCAAAAAUUGCUUUGAUGUCCCUGUUGCCAAAUGGAAUACAAGAGGAUUAUAUCGGUUUAUACAAAAACGUUUUACAAGAAUUAAUCCAGAAAGAAGGUUUUUCUAUGCCAGUCUAUAGCACAAAGAAUUUUGGCAAAGUUCAUGUGCCAAUUUUUGUUUCAACUGUGGAGAUAGAAGGAGAAACUUUUACAGGUUCAGAAGCAAGAAGCAAGAAGCAGGCAGAGAUGAGUGCGGCAAAGGUUGCGUACCAUACCUUGAGAGAGCGUAAGAGUAAAUCAAGUAAGAUCCCUUUGGUCUGCCCCCCUGCUCAGAAGGGGCUAGAAACGCCAGAGAUCUUAUCUUCAAGCUUUCAGUCAAACCUAGCUACUGAUUUACAACAAGGCAGGCCUAACGCCACCAUGAUCGUAAGUCCGAGUGCGAUUACUGGGGAACAGAUGAUGGAGAAUAGUGUAACUGCAGAAGGGAACAGUCAUCAUCCUGAUGGUCUUAUGACAAGCAGUGGAUUCUCGUCUUCUGACAUUCUGUAUGGCCGUGCGCAGGAGUCAAACAGUUCUAGCCUCUCUGUGUCCCGAAAUGGCUCUUCUUCAACUUUGCCUUCUGAUGCCUCCACUAACUUAGCUAUGGACUCUACUCUUGAGCCACCAGCUAAAAGGAUUAUGUAUAACAAGGUUUCUGUUUAUCCAUACAAGUCAGAUAUGAAAUUUCCUGAGGGAAACACUGUGCUGCCCACGAGUGAUGAAAAGUGGGUUGCUUUGUCGCACACCUGAAGGAACGGAUAUAUAGGCUUUCUCUGUUCCUAGUUUAACGGGCAAUGCCCAUAGUUUCACUAAGUAAAUUGCUUAUAAUGUUGUUGCUUUGCUCACGUUCAUGAACUCUGCUGCAAAUGGUUUGUUAAUAUAAUAUAGACGUCUCCUUUCUGAGUUCUAUA